CAGUGAAUGGUCAGUAGUUUGCAAAAUAUAUUUUUAAAAUGGUAGACAUCAAUUUACCAAGAGUUCCGGAAGGACUUCGCGACCUGGUAAAAGCUUACACAAAGGAAGUUUUACACGAAAAACCGAAAAACCUAUAUGAAUUCUCAGUUCAAUAUUUUGAAAAUAUUGCGGCUCAAAGAAUGGACAAAAAUGUCGUCAAAUACGAACCUCAGCAAACUUAUCAAAUCAUUAUGAAAAAUCGCAUUCGACAACAAGUACCAUUGUCACUAGCUUUUCAAAUUAUUCCAGAAAAUCUUACCGACGUAAUAAAGAAGUUUAUUAAAGCUGUCCUUAAAGAGAGACCACAGUUCUUAAUUAUUUUUGCUAUAGAAUAUUUUAAAAACCUUCAAACCGAUUCAGCGCAAAUAGAGGAUAUUAAGUAUGCAGCCUAUGAAAAAUAUAUUUUACAAAAUAGGAUGAAGUCGCCUCCAACCAAGGUGACAUGUGAGUGUGGACGUAUAUUAAAUCCAAAAGAAAUUGGAACCCAGUUAAAAAAUACACUAUCUGAUGCAAGUCAACAAUAUACGUCAUUAGAAAACCACAAAAUGAAUCAAUAUUCAAAAGCAGUUUACAUUAUACAAAAACACUUUCGACUAUAUUUAAAACGUAAAACUGAAAAUUCAGCCAAGGUCAAUUCAAAAACUCCAGACAUUUAUAACAAGCAAGAAUACUUAAACGCCAUAAUUCUGAUUCAAAGACAAUUUCGCCGGCUAUUAUUAAAAAAUCGAGCUAACAAUACGAAACUAAAUAACGUAAGCAGGGAAUCCUAUAAUUCUGUUAAAUAUAUAAAGGCCACACUCAUUAUACAACGAUACAUCCGACAAUAUUUAAGCAAGAAGAAUCAGGAACGGUCAUUGCUUAAAUUUAUAGAUUCUACUGCUGGCGACAAUGUUUCCCAUAUAGCAGCAGCAUUUGUUAUUCAAAGAGUAUUUCGAAGAAUGGUUAAGGCGCGGAAAACAAAACCGAAUACAAAUACUGAGCUAGAGCAAUGCGAUGAUAUAAACGACAAUGCCUCAGAAGCAGCCUCAUAUACGUCGGCUUCCACGGCUUUAAUUUCAUCGGAAUCGGCAGGUGAGCACAAUGAGUUUGGAAACGCUAGUUACGAAGAGGGUGUCCAUCAACAAACUAUUAAGGAAGAUGAGGAAGUCGAAAAUGACAAUACAAACAACAAAAUGGAAUGUGUAACAGGAUCUAUAAAAUCAAGUAAAAAAUCAAUAAAUUACAAUGGAAAAGACAUAAGUGAACCCCUAUUAGAAGACCAUGGAGAUGAAAAUGCAAAUGGGCAAAAGGAUCAGCACAAGGAUACAAAAACAGAUGACAAAACUGACAAAACUUCAGAAUUUCAAACUGAAAUACAUAACGUUGAUAUUACCGAAUAUAAUUUUAAUGUAAAUGAGCAAGCCGAUGACAAUAUUAAAACAGUUCAAGACGACAUUAAUAUAAAAGAAUCCAUUACAAAACUUAGCCCUCAAAUAGAUAGCUUGGAAUCUAUAGAAGAGUCGCAAGCGGGAGUCAUCAUACCAUCACUAAAAAGCCCAAUUGGUGAAAAUAAUGAAUUAGUUUCAGAAUCUAUUAUAAGCCCAAUGAAAAUUUUGCUUGAGGAAGCAAAUAUGAAGCCACUCAGCCAAACAAGUACAUCUAUUUUAGAACCUGAGAAACGGCUAAGCCCAAGUGAUACAAAUGAUACAGCACCGGUUUGUUACCAAAAUGCACCUUUAGAAGCAACCAAUUCUUCUAUGGAAAGUGCUGAUUAUAAUAAAGUCAACGAGAAUCCACCAAUUUUGACCGCGACCACUUCAGCUAAAUGUAACAUUGAGAAUAUUGUCAAUGCUAAUAACUUAGUCUUAAAUGUUCAUGAUACCUUGAAUGAACCACUAUUAGAAGACCAUGGAGAUGAAAAUACAAAUGGACAAAAGAAUCGGCAGAAUGAUACAAAACCAGAUGCGGGUGACAAAACUUCAGAGCUUCAAACUCAAAAAGAUAACAAUAAUAUUACCGAAUAUAAUGUUAAUGUAAAUGAGCGAGCCGAGGACAAUAUUAAAACAGUUCAAGACGACAUUAAUAUAAAAGAAUCCAUUACAAAACUUACCCCUCAAAUAGAUAGCUUGGAAUCUAUAGAAGAGUCGCAAGCGGGAGUCAUCAUACCAUCACUAAAAAGCCCAAUUGGUGAAAAUAAUGAAUUAGUUUCAGAAUCUAUUAUAAGCCCAAUGAAAAUUUUGCUUGAGGAAGCAAAUAUGAAGCCACUCAGCCCAACAAGUACAUCUAUUUUAGAGCCUGAGAAACGGCUAAGCCCAAGUGAUACAAAUGAUACAGCACCGGUUUGCUACCAAAAUGCACCUUUAGAAGUAACCAAUUCUUCUAUGGAAAGUGGUGAUUAUGAUAAAGUCGAUCAGAAUCCAUCAAUUCUGACCGCGACCACUUCAGCUAAAUGUAACAAUGAGAAUAUUGUCAAUGCUAAUAACUUAGUCUUAAAUAUUCAUGAUACCUUAAAUAAACCACUAUUAGAAGACCAUGGAGAUGAAAAUACAAAUGGACAAAAGAAUCGGCAGAAUGAUAAAAAAAUAGAUGCGGGUGACAAAACUUCAGAGCUUCAAACUCAAAUAGAUAACAAUAAUAUUACCGAAUAUAAUGUUAAGGAAAAUGAGCGAGCCGAGGACAAUUUGAAAACAGUACAAGACGACAUUAAUAUAAAAGAGUCCAUUACAAAACUUAGCCCUCAAAUAGAUAACUUGGAAUCUAUGCAAGAGUCGCAAGCGGGAGUCAUCAUACCAUCGCUAAAAAGCCCAAUUGGUGAAAAUAAUGAAUUAGUUUCAGAAUCUAUUAUGUCUGUAAGCCCAAAGAAAAUUUUGAUUGAGGAAGCAAAUAUGAAGCCACUCAGCCCAACAAGUACUUCUAUUUUAGAGCCUGAGAAACGGCUAAGCCCAAGUGAUACAAAUGAUACAGCACCGGUUUGUUACCAAAAUGCACCUUUAGAAGCAACCAAUUCUUCUAGGGAAAGUGCUGAUUAUAAUAAAGUCAACGAGAAUCCAUCAAUUCUGACCGCGACCACUUCAGCUAAAUGUAACAAUGAGAAUAUUGUCAAUGCUAAUAACUUAGUCUUAAAUAUUCAUGAUACCUUAAAUAAACCACUAUUAGAAGACCAUGGAGAUGAAAAUACAAAUGGACAAAAGAAUCGGCAGAAUGAUAAAAAAAUAGAUGCGGGUGACAAAACUUCAGAGCUUCAAACUCAAAUAGAUAACAAUAAUAUUACCGAAUAUAAUGUUAAGGAAAAUGAGCGAGCCGAGGACAAUUUGAAAACAGUACAAGACGACAUUAAUAUAAAAGAGUCCAUUACAAAACUUAGCCCUCAAAUAGAUAACUUGGAAUCUAUGCAAGAGUCGCAAGCGGGAGUCAUCAUACCAUCGCUAAAAAGCCCAAUUGGUGAAAAUAAUGAAUUAGUUUCAGAAUCUAUUAUGUCUGUAAGCCCAAAGAAAAUUUUGAUUGAGGAAGCAAAUAUGAAGCCACUCAGCCCAACAAGUACUUCUAUUUUAGAACCUGAGAAACGGCUAAGCCCAAGUGAUACAAAUAAUACAGCACCGGUUUGCUACCAAAAUGCACCUUUAGAAGCAACCAAUUCUUCUAGGGAAAGUGCUGAUUAUGAUAAGGUCAACGAGAAUCCAUUAAAUUUGACUGCGACCACUUCAGCUAAAUGUAACAAUGAAAAUAUUGUCAAUGCUAAUAACUUAGACAUAAGUGUUGAUGAUAGCUUAAAUGAACCACUAUUAGAAGACCAUGGAGAUGUAAAUUCAAAUGGACAAAAGGAUCAGCAGAAGGAUAUAAAAACAGAUGCGGGUGACAAAACUUUAGAGCUUCAAACUGAAAUACAUAAUGUAAAUGAGCAAGCCGAGGACAAUAUUAAAACUGUGCAAAACGACAUUAACAUAAAAGAGUCCAUUACAAAACUUAGCCCUCAAAUAGAUAGCUUGGAAUCUAUACAAGAGUCGCAAGCGGGAGUCAUCAUACCAUCACUAAAAAGCCCAAUUGGUGAACAUAAUGAAUUAGUUUCAGAAUCUAUUAUAAGCCCAAUGAAAAUUUUGCUUGAGGAAGCAAAUAUGAAGCCACUCAGCCCAACAAGUACAUCUAUUUUAGAGCCUGAGAAACGGCUAAGCCCAAGUGAUACAAAUAAUACAGCACCGGUUUGCUACCAAAAUGCACCUUUAGAAGUAACCAAUUCUUCUAUGGAAAGUGGUGAUUAUGAUAAAGUCGAUCAGAAUCCAUCAAUUCUGACCGCGACCACUUCAGCUAAAUGUAACAAUGAGAAUAUUGUCAAUGCUAAUAACUUAGUCAUAAAUGUUCAAGAUAACUUAAAUGAACCACUAUUAGAAGACCAUGGGGAUGAAAAUACAAAUGGACAAAAGAAUCGGAAGAAUGGUACAAAAACAGAUGCGGGUGACAAAACUUCAGAGCUUCAAACUCAAAUAGAUAACAAUAAUAUUAUCGAAUAUAAUGUUAAUGUAAAUGAGCGAGCCGAGGACAAUAUUAAAACAGUUCAAGACGACAUUAAUAUAAAAGAAUCCAUUACAAAACUUAGCCCUCAAAUAGAUAGCUUGGAAUCUAUACAAGAGUCGCAAGCGGGAGUCAUCAUACCAUCGCUAAAAAGCCCAAUUGGUGAAAAUAAUGAAUUAGUUUCAGAAUCUAUUAUGUCUGUAAGCCCAAAGAAAAUUUUGAUUGAGGAAGCAAAUAUGAAGCCACUCAGCCCAACAAGUACAUCUAUUUUAGAACCUGAGAAACGGCUAAGCCCAAGUGAUACAAAUAAUACAGCACCGGUUUGCUACCAAAAUGCACCUUUAGAAGCAACCAAUUCUUCUAUGGAAAGUGGUGAUUAUGAUAAAGUCGAUCAGAAUCCACCAAUUUUGACUGCGACCACUUCAGCUAAAUGUAACAACCAGAAUAUUGUCAAUGCUAAUAAGUUAGCAUCAAAUAAAAAUAGCGAGGAAGAGGAAACUGGGCCUCUAGUUACCGAAGUAAAUACUGCAGGUUCAACAAACGAAGACGAAUUCGAUUUAGUUAAGGAUUUAAAAGCAUGUUCAGAAGCGGGCCCAGACUACAAAGAAGGUGUCCAGACCAAACUGUCUUCUAAAGAAGAACCUAAUUCCCAUGUUCCACUGCGGCAGGAUAAUGGAUCAAAUGAGUUGCAUGAAAUCGAACUUGUUAAAAAAACUGAUUCAUUUACUAAUAUUUAUGACGAUAGAGCAGAUAAUGAAACAGACACUAAAAAAGAAUACGAACUCCAUCCUCAAAAUGAAAUUCAAAGUGAUUUGGAUAACUUGAAUAGUAGAACUUUGAAAUUAUCGCGACCAGAUGAAAUAAUUGAGAAAAUGUCACAACGACGCUCUUCCGAAACUCAAGAGAGUCUAGAGAAGGAGGUUUUUCCUAUUACUGAUGCAAUAUAUGAGAAGCCUUUUGUUCAACCCAUGAGCUCCUUGCAAGAACAAAAUUCAGUCGAUAUCGAGGAUGCUGAUAUAAUAGUAUAUAAUCGCCUACAGCGCGAAGAAACUCGGGAAAGCUCAGCUCAAAGCGAAUCUAUUGUGUUUGGAAAUGCUGAUGACGACAAAGCUCUUACAAAUGAUGUAGAAAUUACCAGAUCACACCUAUCACGGUAUUACACAAUUGCCGGUGACGAUCCACAUAGUAUUUUUAAAUCAGGAACAAUAGUUGAUCCAGUCAAAUACAUUGACGAGGGAAAUGAACAAGGUGUCAAUGAACCAAACAUGAGCAGCAGUUUAUGCUUAGACGAUGAAACCUCUGAAAACAUUCGUAAAAAGAUAAUGGCGUACUCCCUGUCAGAAGCGGACUCUGAUUAUUAUGAUACUAACAAAACGAUUAAAGAUGAUUAUCAUAUAGACACUGCAAUGACAGAUGUUAUAGACACAUCCACAGAAACUGAAUCGACUAUUGUAUCAGCAGCUGCUAAAAUAAAGCCAGGAGCACGAGGAAUUUCAUCUAGACGAAGGUUACGAGGUGCCAGUGCAGGUACAAAGUCAUCGACACAAGAUACAAAAGCAUCUUUCGGGAACGAUGCUUUAAACGAAUCAUUAGAACGGUUUAUUGAAGAGGAAGCUGCUAAGAAAAUUCAAAUUGCAUAUCGUUUACACAAAAAGAACCCCAGAAAACAAACUAAAGGUUUGGAAAGUGUCAGUUUGGAAAACAGUUUGGCAGCCAAACGACAAACACUGCAACGUGGCGACGCAUUGCAAAAUGAUUCAAAUUCUACACCAGAGGAUGAAAAUACCGACCAUCUACCAAUAAUUGUCAGUAAAAAUGAUGGGCCUAAUAAUGAAAGAAGCUCAAGUAAAACAAGCGGCAUGCGCGUAACCUGGACUGCCUUGAGGCAAAACUCCAUGCCCGUCCAAAUUGAUUGUGAAGUUCUAAGAAUUAUUCCCAAACACAAGCGAAGACGCAUAAAAAGUGCAGAAGCUGGAAAGCAAAAACAUAGAAAAUAAGUUUUAUUUAAGGAAUACAAUACUGUCACAUACAAAAACGUAAAGCUGUUCCAAUAUAAGAAACAAUGAAAACUA